AUGUUGUUUUCAGUUGGAGCACUGUCCUCUUUGCUUGCAGUUGCAAGGCAUGUGUCUGCGGCCACUGCCGCUGCUCCUGCGCACUUCCUGAUGAUCAGCGGCGUGACGGCAGUUGAUGAGACUUGCCUGGCAGGGUCUGCAGCAGGUGUGUGGCUUGAAUCCUGCGAGAAGGCAGUGGCUGGCAUGAGUGGGGAAGAGAUCUGGAGCUUGGCGACAGAUGGGACCUUGGUGCACGCGCGAUCGAAGACGUGUCUCAGCCCGCAAGGAACAAGUGCUGCUGGUGUGCCUCUAGCGCUGGUGUCGUGCGACGCAGCUGGCGGCGUGGCGAAGUGGGAACUGCAAGGGAACGGUCAGGUCAAGAUGGCGCAGAGCAACAUGUGUAUCAGCCAGGUCGGGCCAAGUGGUGCUGCGGUCAACGCGGCCGCCUCAGCUUCAGUGUUGAACCGCGCAGCACGUGCAAAUGUCCGCAUCACGGCAGAGGGUCAUCCUGCGAGUUCCGGGCUCUUGGAAAUCCAGACCAGCUCCGGGUCAUAUGGGUCUGUGUGUGGAAUGAAUGCCGAAGCAGCAAGUGUGGCCUGCAGGCAGUUGGGCUUUGAGUUCGGUGUGCAGAGCCCAUCUCCAUGCGGCCAGUAUGGAGGAGGGAGCUGGUGUGGGGCAGCAGGAUCACCUGUUGCCGUGAAGAGCUUGAAGUGCCUGGGGACAGAAAUGAGUGUUGACGAGUGCAGCUCAGAAGCAGUAGACGAUGCAUGUCUGAGCCACGGCAGUGAUGCUGUCAUCUUCUGUGGCGCAAGCUCUGUGGGCGCUUUCCGAGAUGGCGAGCUGCGGUUGGUUGGAUCAACAGGUGCACCAGCCCUGCCCAAAGAGGCCGGACGCCUAGAAGUGUUUCUGGCCGCCGCUCAAGCCUGGGCGCCAGUGUGCAAGCUUGGGUUCACGAGCGGAUCGGCUUCAGUUGCUUGCAAGCAGAUGGGCUACCCAGGGGCAGCAGGCUUCGCAGGUUGCCGAUCCCAGGAAGCCUGUGGAGGAGUGGCGCCGCAGCUAGCAGACUUGGCUUGCUCUGGUUCAGAGACCAGUGUGUUGCAGUGCCCUAUGUCAACCGGGGACGACGUGUUCUGUGCGCCAGAGGAGUCCGUGCUUUUGUCUUGUGCUGGACAGGGCGAUCCGAUUGGAAAGCCGACGGAGCGAACAGAAGCAACCAACAUUGUACGACGCAGUCGUACGGCGGAUGAUAUGCUGGUGUUGUCGGUUCGGCAUGUGUCUGCGGCCACUGCCGCUGCUCCUGCGCACUUCCUGAUGAUCAGCGGCGUGACGGCAGUUGAUGAGACUUGCCUGGCAGGGUCUGCAGCAGGUGUGUGGCUUGAAUCCUGCGAGAAGGCAGUGGCUGGCAUGAGUGGGGAAGAGAUCUGGAGCUUGGCGACAGAUGGGACCUUGGUGCACGCGCGAUCGAAGACGUGUCUCAGCCCGCAAGGAACAAGUGCUGCUGGUGUGCCUCUAGCGCUGGUGUCGUGCGACGCAGCUGGCGGCGUGGCGAAGUGGGAACUGCAAGGGAACGGUCAGGUCAAGAUGGCGCAGAGCAACAUGUGUAUCAGCCAGGUCGGGCCAAGUGGUGCUGCGGUCAACGCGGCCGCCUCAGCUUCAGUGUCUGCAAGCUCGACGUUAGAUCCCAGCCAUGGGGCAGCUUUGGCCGUUGACGGGGUGGCGUCCACCUACUGGGUUUCUAAACUGGACGAGGCAGAUGCCGUCAGCCUUCUCCUUGACUUCGGAGAGCCGGUGCAUGGAUCCGUCUUGGAGCUCGACUUCGAAUUCGCGCCUUCGGCGUUUUCAGUGCAGGCUGCGGAGGCCUCGUCGGAGAAUUGGCUGCAACUAUUUGCGACAGACUCGAACGCUUUGAAGCAUGUGAAGAUUCCUCUCGCGCCGGCCAAGCCCAUGUCGGCAGUCAGACUCAUCAUGAAGGAAGCCCAUCCGACACUCGGGACCAUGAACGGCCGUAAGCUUGUUGGGGUUCGCUCUAUCAGGCUGCUGACGCGGCUGCUGCAGCCGGCGCUGGAGCCAUGUGCAGUGGCGGCGAAAAGCCACGAUGCAAGAGACAAGUUCUUCACCGUUGCAGUCAGUGGCUUUGACCCGCAAGCUGGUGCUGCUUUGGCAGCCGAGAUGCCUGCGCUGGAGUCGGCAGAUGCGGCGCUUUCGUCUAUCGUUGUUGAGCUCGCGAAGGCCUUGCCUGCGAUCAGCUCCUGCAAGCCUGGCGGCCCUAUCUCCCUUCGUGCCAAUGCCACGAUCCAGAGCACUCAGCGACGCCGAGAAGUCCUCGACAUGGCGUUGGACGUGGGCCAGGAAGCAGCCUUGCUGGAGGAAGCCAGGGGCACCAUUGUCGCAGCGCGUGGGCUGCUGGCUUCGUCGUGA